GACACUUAAAAAUCCCAGCAAGCCAUCAAACAUGUCGACCGCUUCUGACGCUCCCCUUCCAAAAUCCGUCAUUUUUGGCACCGCCGGCCUCGGAGGAUGCAUGGGAUGGGUGGUGGUCCAUCCGUUCAACACUGCCGCUGUUCGCGCAAACCUCGCCAGUGCUAGCGGCCAAACGUUUUCGAUUUCCAAAGCGAUCAAGAAGGACGGCUUUAGGAGUUUCUACGAUGGUCUAUCGGCCGGUGUGGCACGACAGGUCUUUUACGCGACUUCCCGUUUUGGUUUGUUCGAGACCUUCCGCGACAAACUCCAUGAAUACCGCGGAAAGACGGAUUUUGCCUCUCGGUGAGUAGUUUUUGUGUCCCCGUCGGAACGAUUGUGUGCCGAGAGGAAAACCACAGCUAUCGUAUCACUCUGGAGUAUUCUUAGAGGGAUCGUGAAUGGGGACUUACAUUUCGUCGCAAAUUAUACACUGGAAAUAACAUUUUAUUCUCACAAUCAUUUUUUUCAUUUGAACUCUAUAGUGUUGGAGUGGGUGCAGUUACCGGUGGAAUCGCAGCCUACAUUUCGUGUCCCAUGGAAGUGUGCGUGAUCCGAAUGUCAAACGAUUCGUCGCUGCCAGUCAAAGAAAGAAGAAAUUACAAAUCGCUCCCCGACACCUUCACGCGAAUUUUGAAGGAGGAAGGAGUUAGCGCAUUCUGGAGAGGGUCGAACCCGUUUGUAGCGCGUGCAAUGAUGGUGGGUGUCUUCCAGGUCGCCACCCUCGACCAGUUCAAGGAUUUUUACGCAAAGGCCUUGGACCAAAAGCGAAACUCCAUCUCGAACGUAUUCUGUUCGGCAAUGACCAGUGGAUUAAUUUAUUCCUUGAUUACCAUGCCCCUGGAAGCCGCCAAGAAUCGCAUGGCCAGUCAAAAACCAGAUCCUAAAACCGGUAAGCUCCCAUAUACUGGAACCCUCCAAACCGUAACAAAGGUUGCUUCGGAUUCUGGCUUCUUGGCGCUUUACAACGGAUUUGCCCCUUACUACAUGCGAUGCGGUGGACACACGGUGACCAUGUUUAUCUUCGUGCAAAUGUUGAGAGAUCAAUACAAAGGCUUCAUGAUGUAAAACACCUUGAGAAAUACCAACUAGUAACGGGGCGAUGUCAUGGUUCGCCGCUGUCAUCAGUAUUGCCACUGGCUCCCGUUUUGUGCUAGGCAUCGUCUUGUGAACUAUUUUUGAUUUUGGAAUUUUUCUGUCGGUUGUCGACUUGCACCUCCCCUGCAUCUCAGUUGUUCUCUACUACAGCGGCCGAUACAAGCCAAUCGUUUUGAGAUUACAAUAUCUAGGACGUGAUGGAUGUUGGUUUCAAGUGAUGUCACAUUGUUCGACUAUCUAGAACAAAAAAUAGUACGAAAAAAAAAAAUGAUGAUACAGGGAUAAAAUUACAAUGCUUGA